UUCUCAGCCGAGGAAUCAGAAUCAGUCCUUUGAUCAUUUCCAUCUUCUCCAUGACGAUCCUCCCUCACUGAUCAAUCAAGUCGCCGGAGAUCUCUCUCCCGCCGGCACAAACCAUGCCUUUACCAAUCUUCUCCUCACGCUUACAAUCCUCCUCCUCAUCAUCAUCAUCCUCAUCCUCGCGAUCAUAUCUCCCUCGCCCCAAGCCACGAAUCGACCCAACCCUAACCCUAAUCCCGGGCCUAUCAAACGACGUCGCGCGCCUCAUCCUCUCCUUCAUCCCUUACCCCCACAUCCCCCGCCUCAAAUCCACCUCCAAAUCCUGGUACGCCUUCCUCUCCUCCAAAACCCUAAUCUCCCUCCGCCGCCGCCACGACAACCGCCACCGCCUCUCGCACCUCCUCUGCGUCUUCCCCCAGGAUCCCUCCAUCUCGCCGCCGCUCCUCUUCGAUCCCAUCACUCUCUCCUGGAGACCCCUCCCCUUGAUGCCGUGUAACCCCCACGUCUACGGUCUCUGCAACUUCGCCGCCGUCGGGGUGGGAUCGGAUCUCUACGUCCUCGGCGGGUCCGCGUUCGAUACGAGGUCGUAUCCUCUCGAUCGGCCGUUGCCGAGUUCGUCAGUUUUCCGUUACAGCUUCGUGAAGAUGGCGUGGGAGCGGUUGGCUCCCAUGCUGUCUCCACGUGGCAGCUUCGCCUGCGCUGCGAUUGGUGGGGAUAGGAUUGUUGUUGCGGGGGGAGGGUCGAGGCAUUCGUUGUUUGGUGCUGCUGGGAGUAGGAUGAGUUCUGUUGAGGUGUAUGACGUGGCGAGAGAUGAGUGGAGGGAGAUGGAUGAGUUGCCUAGGUUUAGAGCUGGUUGUGUCGGGUUUGUUGUUGAGGAGGGAGAGAGAGAGUUUUGGGUGAUGGGUGGAUAUUGUGGGUCAAGGACUGUUUCUGGAGUUCUACCCGUUGAUGAGUACUGUAAUGACGCGGCGGUGAUGAAUCUUGACGGUGAUGAGAAGUGGCGUUUGGUUGGAGAUAUGUGGGGAGAGGGAGAGAGUCCCAAGCUGGGGAAGAUUGUUGCUGUGGAGUCUGUGUUUUACAUGUUGGAUAAGGAGUGGAUUCUUAGGUACGAGAUGGGUUCGAACCGUUGGGUGAAGGAGUCGAGUGUUCCCAAGAAAGCUCAUUUUGAUAAACCGGUUGGGUUUGUUGCGGUGAAUGGGGAGUUGCAUGUUAUGAUUCUGUUGGAUGGGUAUAAUCUGAUGGAGACGAGGCAUACUAGACAGAGGAGCAAUGCUGGAUGUUUGAUGAUUCAUGUGUAUGAUCCGAGGAAGAGGACUUGGAGGUCUGUUGUUGCUAAGCCGCCGUUUAAUCACCAGCUUGAUUUCAGGACCACGGUUAUGUGCACCAUCAGAUUGUAGUAUCACAUCAUCUCGAUGAAGAAAUAAUUGUUGUUCAUGGAACAGUGCAGUUAGUAUUAUUGUGUCGUCUGUUUUACCUUUACAUUGUCUGUACAGGUUGGAAAAAAAGAAUGAAGUAUGGGUAUUAUGUUAUAUUGUAAAUACAGAUAUUAUUACACUAUGGGUUUACUACCAACCAAUGAAGGAUUUGGUCA